AUGGCAUCGAAGCCGAAACGACGAAGGACGGAAGAGCUAGAUGGGACAGAGACGAUACUUUUGGGAAAUGAUCUGAAACAAAUUAAGAAUAUCCUACUGAAUUUGAAGGAAAUAAAAAAGGUUGAUGCAUUGAAAUUAAAAGCAAAAAAAUUUCCACGAAUCGGGGUUACACUGAUGACUGUCCUAUGGAAAUGUUCCUUGCAAAAUUUUGAUGAUGAGCCGCAAUGGUUACAGAUUCUAAAUGAUGUUUUGUGUGUUUUGACAAAUAUCUAUGAGAUGGUGCCUUCUUUAUGCUCGGAGCUAGCUGAACCACCCGGGAACUUUGCGAAUAUUGCAGUUCGUUUGCUGGAAAGUGGUCCGAAAGUACCAAUGGAGACAAAAUGCGAAGUAUUUCGUUUGAUAUGUAAUGUUGCAACAGAUCAACGAUGUAUGGAAUUAAUUGCCGAAAAUACCCAUCUGGUGGAUCGUAUAGCAAUGGCGAUUGAUCAUGAAGUAAAUGAAGUGGCGAAAUUGGCUCUCAAAGCAGCAAACUUUUUAGCAGUUAACAAAAGUGGUAUCAAACGUUUGUUAUUGUCAAAUGUUGGUCUCUACCUGGGUAAUUUAUUAUAUCGAACGAAAGAAAUGGCAGAGGCGUUUGGACGUGAAAUACAACAAACUAUCUUGCAAUUAAUUUGUCGUUUUGUCCGAUAUAAAGGUACGAAACGAAUUGGACGACAACUGGCAGGGAGUAAUGGUGUUGGUGUUUUGCUGGAUUGUUUCCUGGAAGGCCAAUGCGAAAGCUAUAUCGUGGAAAUGUGUAAUGCGUCAUUUGAACUUCGCGAGCAGUUCGAAACACCGGGUUGUAUAACGAAAAUUGUUGAGACACAUCCACGUCCCGAAUAUAUGUUAAAAAUGCUUCUAUGCUUUGCACAGGAUGCUUGGGGACGAGCAGCACUUCGUGGACACGGUGCCUUAGAUAUACUUAUUGAUGGACUCGAAAAAGCUGAUUCUGUACAUCAGAUACUAAUCGUCAAUACGCUUCGAUACUUUGUUCAUGAUGGAAGUGGACUAAGCUACCUGACAUUUUCCACCAAAUUCCUGGAUGUUGUUGUGGAUCACAUCAAUCUUUACUUGAACAAAAAUAAACGUAUCUGUAGUAUGAUGCUAAAUCGAGCUAUCAGUGAAUGUUCAAUCCACAACAAAAUAGGACAUCGUAAAACAGAGUGUUUAUGUUGCAAAAUGAUGUUAAUGCCAUUUCACUCAACCAAUUUUGAUAUGCUCAAUCAUGCUGUGGACUCUGAUGCAUUCUCGUCUGGAAAAUUGGUCGAAUUUUCUUGGAGUCCAUCGCAGUCACCACCACCUGGGAUGCGAUCACCGCAGAUGUCACCAAAAAGAGUGCCACUUUCACCGACAUCGUUGAUGGAUGAAUACAUCGAAUGCAUGGAACGUCCAACAUCAACAAAUAAUCAUAUCAAUUAUUUGAGUCGUGCUUCACAUACACCUCACAAGAAUACGGAGCUGGUAGUUGGUGAAUUGUAUAUUUUGGCUUGGUUAUCACACAGUGAGUCUAAUAUGAGACGAAUGAUUACAUCAAAAAUUGUCAGUACUUUGCUACACUACAUUUCUGAAGCACCAUCGAUGGUUUCCAAAGCACCACGUACGAUACGACGAAUUUUUCGUCAUCGUUUAGCAGUGGAGAAUUUAUCUCGUUUAGAGUUGCAUACUCUUGUCAUCCAUAUCCUGCUGACACGGAAAUGCGAAGUUGGAAAGCGAAUUUCGCAAUGUUCAGAAUGUGCAAUAAGAAGCGAUUUUGGUAACGCUUUAUUGGAAGAAUUUUCUUCUCAUAUUGAUGCACCGUUUGGAUUAGAAGUACUUAAAAAUAUAUAUAAAUCAAGCGAUGAAAUUGAACAAAUGAAGGCCUGUAUUGCAACGUUACAUCUCGUUAGAAGAGUCGAUAACUGGAAGCGGAUGCUUGCAACCCAUAACCCGGUUGAACGUCUAUUGGCAAAAUUACGUGAAAUAUUGGUUGAUAGCAGUUAUGAAGAAAACUGGCGUAUAACAACGUACUGUGAAGGGCCAACGUUAGUUCGUCAAAUUUUGGUUGCGUUAUCAUUUUUGAUUCCAUCAGAUGUACUGUCGACUUCUUUACAUGCUAUCUGGAGUGAUAUCUCGGUCUACAUCAGUAGGGAUAUGCCACUUAAUAAAUGUAUUGUGAAGGAAGCAAUUUUGCUAUCAAGAAAGGCCAUACCGACAACAUUUAGUUUACCGGAAUUCAUCAAAUUUAAAUGUGGUAAAAUAAUGGAAGUUGUUCCCAAGAAAUGUUUAUGUGAAGGAAGUGAAUAUUUUCGGGGUAUGUUUGGAAGUGGAUUUUCAGAGCAAUUCCGGGAUACAUUUAAUUUUGAUGAAGAGGAAGAACAAUGCUCUUUUCGCUUAUUUUCUAUUUUCUUGCAUUAUUUAAGUGGCUGUGGCAAAUCAUGCGUGAAAAUAACUGAAAAUGAUAUACCAGCUUUGCUAAAGCUGUCGGACCGUUACCUCUGCACUGGGAUAAGCUCCAAGUUACUAGCUUACGAAAGUCCGCUCAGAAAUUUGAUCAGCGGUGAAACACUGCCGAAUUAUCUGGAAGUUAUGCUUUCUACUGGAAGUGAUACAUGUAACGUGUUGAGGGAUGCCUGUAUAAGCUGCCUGCUCAGUGAUUGUACAGAGGAACAAAUGUUUACGGCUUUAAAGAUAGUGGCUGGUAAUCCUGUUGCAGUGGACGCAUUAAUGGAAAUAUUGCAGACAUUUUUAUUGGCAUACUGUCGAAGGAGGAAAAUUAAGUAUGAAGAGGCAAAAGCAACUUAG